AUGAAGACUUCGGACCCAAUUGAAUAUGAUGAACAUGGUACUAAGUUUGCAAUUGGAUGCAACGGGAUGGAGAUCACUGGGUUUCAUGGGUAUGCUGAGGAGAACCUAAACUCUCUUGGAGCUUAUUUCAAAUCACUUCCUAUUACUAAAUUACUAGAAUACAAAGGGGGUCUGGUAGGAUCUCCUUGGGACGAUGGCAAUAAUUUUGAAAGUGUUAGAAAGAUAUACAUUGGGACAGGUGAGAUUGGUAUUCUUUCCGUCAAGUUUCUCUAUGAAAACGACACUCAGGAGAUAGUAGUGGGAGAUCAUCAUGGGAAAAAGAACCUACUUGGACAUGAUGAGUUUAAGCUGGACUAUCCGUGUGAAUACCUCACAUUAGUGGAAGGUAGUUAUGAUGUAGUACCUGGAAGUGAAGAAUUUGAAGUUAUACUCAUGCUCAAGUUCACCACCAACAUGCGAACUUCUCCAUCUUAUUUACUCAUGAUGCCCAACCCAAGCUUCGUGCUCCACAAGGAAGGUCACAAGAUCGUUGGGUUCCAUGGGAAAUCAAGUAACAUGCUUCACCAACUUGGCAUCCCCAUCGGUCACUCUUGA